ACCCACAUCUGCUCCCACAGCUUUGCACUGCACACUGCUUCCUACUGUCUUACACCACAGCACAGGAACAGGAGACCACAUCCAACUGAAGCCAUGCAGACUGCCGAGGCUAAAUUCAACAAAAACAACCUGCUUCUGACUCUGAGACGAUACAGCUCAGCAGUCAGCGACAUGGAGCAGACCAUUCUCCUGCCGAGUCUACUGCGAGACGUGCCGUCUGAUGAGAUGGUGGACUCUGAAUCAGCAGAGGAGAGCUGCAGAGACCUGUACAGCAACUACCUGAUGCUCAAGGCCAUAAGGAACACGGUGGAGAGCAGCCUGGUUCCCCUGGAUGAUCACAAGACCAAAAACAAUGCAGUGAUCAGCAAAACUCUGGAGCCUCUCAUGGACACAGACCCUGAAGCUCUUUUCCGGUUCCACCUGAAGGGACUGUUUUCUGUGAUGUGCAACCUUACCAAGAAGACCCAGAGCGUCACUGACAAAUAUAUGGACAUUAUUGGAGUGGCAAACUAGAAAACAGCAAAGAACCCCCUGUAUGAAAAGUGUUGAACAUGCAUUAAGUCUGUAAUACAAUCUAACUGUCUAAACUAUUUACAUGUGGUUACUGUAACAUUCCCUCAGAAACUAAGUGUUAUGCAAAAGUAUUCAUUAAAUGAGCGUGACAAAAAAACAA